UUGCGGCUCAGGGCUCCCGAGGGAGAUGGAAGAACCCGGAGCUUAUAGGUGCAUUGAGUGCAGUAGGAAGGCUCCUGAGCUGUACAAGGAUUACCAGCGUGGCGUGCUGCGAAUUUCUAUCUGCGUAACAAGUGUCUCUUUCUAUUUUGCUGGGUGCAAUUUAACAUCUUUGUCAAAGAAAAUUUUAAAAUCCUGUCAGAAACCAGUGGACAAGUAUAUAGAAUAUGAUCCUGUUAUCAUCUUAAUUAAUGCUAUCUUAUGCAAAGCACAGGCUUAUAGACAUAUAUUGUUCAAUACGAAGAUAAAUAUUCAUGGGAAGCUUUGCAUAUUCUGUUUGCUUUGUGAGGCUUAUAUCAGAUGGUUGCAGUUACAGGAUUCAAGCCAAAGCACUGAACCUGAUGAUUUAAUUAGAUAUGCCAAGGAAUGGGAUUUUUAUCGAAUGUUUGGGAUAGCGUCUCUGGAACAAACUGCCUUUUUGAUUGGCAUCUUCACCGCUUUGUGGCUAGCAAGAGCUGUAGUCCUGACAACCAAGGCAGAUUUCACCUUUCUUCUGAAAGCAUUGCUGCUAUCCAGCUAUGGAAAACUUCUGUUGAUUCCAGCUGUUAUUUGGGAACAUGACUAUACUCAUUUGUGCCUCUUGCUCAUUAAAGUGUUUGUCUUGACCUCAAACUCGCAAGCAAUUAGAGUUACCUUGAAUACAAGCCGAAAACUUUGCCUGGUGGCUAUUGUGAGUGGAUUAAUUUUUGAAAAUGCUAUCAUCAGCUUGUUCCAGAGGAUAGGAUGGAAUGUUUGAAGCAAUCUUGAUUUAGUUUGUUUUAGGUGGAAUUACCUGAAGAUAUAAAGGAAAUGAUGUUUUUUGAGUCAUUUAUUUUGCCACUGUUUACUACCUGUUUGUUAUAAAUGCAGUGGUAAAGAGACAAUGAACAUAAAGAAAACCUUCCAUGCUGAAGAGGAGAUAGUAAUAUGAAGAGUGCAAUGAUGCACUGAUGGAAUGUAAUUAGUUCUAUAACGUACUUCAGUAUUUUUCAUUUGUCAAAAACGUCUUGGACUGGUGGUACUGCUGUCCUAGAUAUUUAUGGAUCUAGUUGUGGUCCAUUUUUCUACUACACUGUUUAGUGUUUUGUACUUUAAAAAAAGCCUGAUUAGUAGUUUCAUUAUGAGGGGGGAAAGCAUAUGUGGAAAUGGAGACAAAAUUAUAUCCUAUGACACCUAGUCUGACCACCUUUUGAAAGCUGUUACAUCAGAAUGAACAGCAAACCAAUGCUUAUGACAUGACAUACAGAUUGCAGUAAAGUUAAGGCUGAAAUCCUCUACUUACCUAUGAGUAAGCCCCAUUAAAUUUGGUGGGGCUAACUUCUGAGUAGACAAGUAUAAGCCUGGAGCACUUGCUUACUUUGCAAGGGCAUUACUUUAAUAUUGCAGGCAGCUGCGCUACUUAUCUGAGAGAUAAUCACAUUUUAAAUUUGAUGUUGAUACAUACUCAAAUAAUAAAGAUGCUUUGUGGGCUUCAUUUCUAAAUCUCUUAAUUUUGAUGUUUAUGUAAGAGGCAUAUUUAAAGUUCUUUUUGAAAAGAUUUAAGCGGCUAUCCUAUACCCACUUACCUGAGAGUACUGUGAUAGAACUUAAUUCUGAGCAAGUGCAUAAAGAAUUGUACUGUUCUUAUGUUUCCCUGAAAAUGAACUUGACAGCGUUAUUACACAUGUUUACUCAAAGGUAAGCUCUACCUGGGUACAAAUGAGUGGCGCUUAUGUAUGAUUUAAGUGUAUUUGGAAUGUACAGUAAACCUUCAUUUUGUGGACGAUAGCAUAUUUAAUUAGGGCAAUGGUAACAGAAGGUAACUGGAAUAGAUAAUUGUCUCCCAAUAUUAAUUGUAAUUAACUGCUGCAUUGGGAAACAAUAGCUUGUACUUGGAAAGUUAUAUGCUAUUAUUUUUUUUCUACCCCAAACCAAGUGGGUUAGGUAGGAUGACUUCUGGAGCUCCCCACCCAAUGGCUUUGCAGUUCUGUUCCAUGGAAUUGUGUUCAUAGAAGCUGAGGCAUCUGUUUUAUUUAUACUUAAUAAUAAGGUUCAAACAUGAAGGUGGUCUAGGUGAAUUUUGGUGUUUAAUGAGAAACUCUCCGAUAUAUUUGAUAAACUUUGCAGUUAACUCGAUGACUCAGAACUAGAGGUAUUAGGAAUCUGUGUUAUUGUUUAAUAUCCUUACUUACCCUUGCUUUUUGGAGUAACAUUUCUGUACUGCCUUUCAUUUCAAAGAAUAUUUUAUUUUGAGAAUUUA